UUUGAAUUUUAAUUUCAUCUUUCUUUCCAGUUCGGUUAAAUUUGCAAUUUUGUAUUUUACAUAAUUUGAAUUAUUCCCUAAUUACUCGUGUGUAUGAAUAUCACAUAACAACCCACCAUUAUUAAAAAAAAAAAAUUUGUAUUCAUUAUAUUAUAACUAUCAUCAAUAAUUCGUUUGCAUUUAAUUUGAAAAGUUGUAAUCAUGAGGAAGGCGUCUUGUGGUAGACGGUCAUCUGCUGCUGGCCGUAAUACAUUUGGUGGCUCUACAUUUGGAAGACAAAGUUCAUUUGAUGGCAGUGAUAUAAGAAUAACUCGUAGAGAAAGCCGUGGCGUAGAAAAAAAAUCCAGUAUGCUCCUAAAACCAGGUUUUUCAGCGAAAAAAUCUGUUUCGUCAGAUAAUCUUGCUGCUCAUGAUCCUAAGCAAUGGUCAUCUACUGUUAAAAAACCAUCAACUGCAUCGAGACACACUAUAGUUCGUUCAACUAAUUCAAUGAAUAUGACAGGUGUCAAUCUUGUUGCAUCUACUCCAUGUGUUACUCCAGGCUACAACCCAAAUUUACCUGGCAUUAACUCUAGUUACAAAAAUCGUAGAUUGAGUACUGAAUCACGCUACAGUAGUUAUGGAGUAGUGAAAAAUAGAAAAGAAGUGCGUCCAUUAACUGAAAAAGAUUUUCAACAAGCAGCGAUACAAAAGAUUCAGAAUUACUUUUUGACAGCUCCUAAUGCUAGUCAUAUUCUAAAUAAUGGUAACAUGCGUCCAAUGACCACCACUAUGUUUACCGAUAUGUGUGAAUAUUUGCUACAUAAACUAGAUCGAAAUCAGGUUCUUAACAAAACAAAAUACAUGGAAGAGCUUCCAAAGAUUAUGAAAAAAUAUUAUUACAAAGGAAAAGUUGACAAAUCUUGGCUGAUUACAGUAAAUGCAAGUCAUUCAUUUCCUCAAGUUGUUGGCUUGCUUCUUUGGUUAGUAGAGCUGUGUGAAACUCAAAAUCGAUUUAAUGUUAUGGAAACUUUAUACCCUUCAAUAAUUGAUCCUGAUGAAGUGGAAGAUGAAGAUUAUGAGCAAACUGUAGAAUUCAAGAUGUAUUUACCAUUUCUGUUAAACUCGUAUCAAGUUGAAACUAGAGAAAUAAAGAAACCAGCAGAUAUAGAGUUCCUUCAAAAACAAGAAGAUCUUCUAUUAGAAAAUUAUAAGAAUACACUUGGUGUUGAUGAACAAGAAUUACACAAAUUGGAAGCUGAAGUGGCCGAAUACCAAGCGGAACUAGCUUCACUCGUUGACACUACUGAAGAGAGAAAAUUAGAAGAAAUGAAAGCUAUGAAAAUGGCUAUUCAAAAAGAUAUUGUAUCAACAAAGAAAUAUGUAAAAGACCUACAGAUUUGUAUUGGUGAAGUACAAGAAUACAUUACAAAAAAAAAUGAUGAAAGAGUUUUUCAAGAGAGAGAAAUUGAAAAUCUUAAAAAGGAAUUGGAUGUGGUUAAAGGUUGUAUUAAUGGGCAACAAAUUACUCAAGAAGAUAAAAAAAUUAUCGAAGCAGAAAUGAUUAAUUUAAAAAACGAUAUACAAUAUGAAGAAGAAUGUUUAUCAAAAUUUUCAAAUAUUGUUUAUAGUGAAGAUUUGAAUGUGGUAAAAGUGCGAAUGGAGCUGGACAAACUGUUUGUUGCGUACAAUGCAUUAGUAGCUGAAAAUAUGGUUGUUUUACCGGAAUUGGAAAAUGCAAUAGCCGACAAAAAUGUUUUGGUCUUUCAUGUAAGAGAAUCUCUGAAAGAAGUUGAUGAAAUUCUAAAAAGCUUAAAGAACAAAAUUUCAGAGCGAUACAAAGCCAUUGAACAAAAAUCUAAAGCUGUUAAUAUCGAGCUUGAAACGGUUCAAAUAGAGCAUAAAAAUAUAACAAAAACGCUGGAAAAACUACUUCCAGAGUUUGACGAAGACAAAAAAAAGUUAUCGGAACUUACCGAUCGUCGAUUUGAAGCGAAGAAAGAAUUAGAAAAGAAAUUAGCCAAUAUUCAAGCAGAAAUAAAAAGUAUCCAUAUUGAUGAAACAGAAAUCGAAGCUAUUAAAGAGAAGAAAGAUAACUCAAUGAAAAUUCUUGCAGAGAUGGAAGAGGAAAGAGAGUACAUUAAAAUGAAAACAACUAUGAGUAUACAAGAGCAUGUUGACCAACUUAAAGAUCUUGAACUAUAUGUUAAGGAUUAUUAUUCAGAACUCCAAGAGAAAAUGUCAAAAAUCAAAGAAGAAGUAUUCUCGAGGAAAUAAUAUAAAUUCGGUUUUACUUUAAUUAUCUUUAUCAUUGAAAAAGUGAAUUCUAAAGACAUUUUAAUUAUAUGGUUAAUAUUAAUUUACCUUUUAAUUUUUGUUUACAAAUAUUUUACUCAAUUAUUUUAAUACAAAUUAAUUUUUUUUAAACUUGUUCUCGUGUAAAUAUUAUAACAAAAUAGUAAUACUUAAUAUUAUAUUAAGUAUAGUAUGGGGAUAUUUAUUUUCUUAUACAAGUUUAUUUAUUAAGCCUUUACUUGUAAGUUAGAAA